UUUUUGCACCCCACAAAUCCUACAGAUCCAAACAAAGAAAAUGAAAAAAUUUGUUACGUUGAUAAUCUAGAAAGAGAGAGCAGUAAAAAGAAAAAUUGACGCAGCAAGCUGACAUUGAUUACAGAUUGUCAAAUUAAGGCAAAACUGAAAUUAUAAACCCCAAUCCCUAAAUCCAAAAUAAAUGUCACAUUCAUCGGAUGGAUAUACAAAUACCCCAAACCCUAACCCUAGUCCAUUAACAAAGCGGAACAGAGCUAUAAGCUUACCAGAGAUAUGGUUUAAAGAGCAAUCGUUAAAGCAUGUAGUUUUGAAGAUGCAUCUCAGAUCUUUGUCUUCUACACCAUCACCCCCUUCUUCUGAUACUGAUUUUCCAUCACUAACAACUUCAGGGCUUCAAGCUCAUUCUAUUGACCCGAAAACCCGACCCGAUUACACCUCUCUCCUAUCCGACGAGCUUCUUCUUCAAGUUUUCUCAAAGCUUCCAAUUUCUCAGUAUGUCUCUAAUUCUCUUGCGUGCAAACGCUGGUUGCAUCUUCAUGGCCGUUUGGUACAAUCCAUCAAGCUUAAUGAAUGGUCAUUUCUUAAUUCGGGUCGGAUAUUUACCCGGUUCCGGAAUAUCACUGAAAUUAGUAUUCUUAACGCUUGUUUUAUAACCCCAAGAAAUUCUGGUAUAAUGUUGACUCAUAAGUUUUUAUCUAUUGAUAUUGGUACUGAAUUUUCAGAUAAUGGGUUGUUUAUUGAAGAGAAUUGCAUGUUACCUUGUGAUUUUAUUGAUUGUGGGCUUGAAAUGAUUGCUAAAUCUUACCCUAAUUUAAGAAGAAUUGUUGUAUUCGGUGCAAGUGAAACUGGGUUAUUGAGUAUUUCAAAUAAGUGUGAGACGUUGCAGGAAGUGGAGCUGCAUUGCUGUGGAGAUUUUGCGUUGAAAGGGAUUUCAGGGUGUACUAAUUUGCAAGUAGUUAAAUUGGUCGGUUGUGUUGAUGUAUUUUAUUAUUCGGUGGUGUCUGAUAUUGGAUUAACUAUAUUAGCACAAGGGUGUAAGCGGUUAGUUAAGCUUGAACUUUGUGGAUGUGAAGGGAGUUAUGAUGGGAUUAAAGCAAUUGGGCAGUGUUGUCAAAUGCUUGAGGAAUUGACUAUUUCUGAUCAUAGAAUGGAUGGUGGUUGGUUGGCUGCAUUGUCAUUUUGUGGAAAUUUGAAGACUUUAACAUUGAAGACCUGCAAGAGCAUUGAUUCAAGUCCGGGUCCAGAUGAACAUCUGGGGUCUUGUCCUACUCUGGAAGAGCUGCAUUUGCAACAGUGUCAGAUGCGGGAUAAACUUGGGGUGAAAGCUCUGUUUUCAGUUUGUGAGGCUGUUCGGGAGAUUGUUUUCCAGAACUGUUGGGGAUUGGAGGAUGAAGUAUUUAGCACUGCAAGUGUUUGUAGGAGGGUAAGGCUUCUGUCUCUAGAAGGAUGCUCAUCACUGACGACAGGUGGUCUGGAAGCAGUUAUUCUUAACUGGAAGGAGCUUCAAAGGUUAAGGGUAAUGUCAUGCAACAAGAUAAAGGACAAUGAAGUAAGUCCUGCCCUGGCAUCACUGUUCUCUGUUCUGAAGGAGUUGAAAUGGAGACCAGAUUCUAGAUCUCUUCUCUCCUCAAGUCUUGCCGGGACUGGAGUGGGAAAUAAAGGGGGUAGAUUUUUCAAGGGAUUGAAGGGUUAAAUAUGUUGCUUGAAGAUGAAAAUCUAGGUUUAAUUUCACUGUUCAUAUAUGGUAACUACAGAGUGUUUUCAGACGAGCCAUGGAUAUCCUCUAGCGAUUAUUAUCUAGUUUAGAUGAUUAGCAUAGGUAUAAAAGGGGAGGAUUUACCAAGGAUUUCACAAAGAGCCUGCUAAGGAGCUGUCAAGGGCAGCAUACCAUUAAUAAUCAAGCAAAAUCCCUUGGAUUUAUGUGGGUGGUGCGGAUGUCGAGCUAAUAAGCAGUGUCAAUGUGUUCAGCCGGUGCUUCUUUCCUAACUUCCAACUAGGUCAGAUAUUCUAGUUCAGUUAGCAAUAGUCAUCUGACUUGGUAGGAAUACAAGUGUAAAUCUCUUCAUAAAUCACAUUAUUGAUAUUAAACCCGUCCCUGGAAUAUGAACUGUUACACAUGUAAUGUUAAGUUACAGUUACUUGAAUCUGCAAAUUCACGAUGCCUUAAUGCUCUUGCUUCUCUUCCA